AUGGGUAACUCCGCCAGCCGUCUCAAGGACCUGCAAAGCCCCUUCUCCCUGAACUUCUGCCGUAAGGAGGGGGAGCUGGCAGAGGAGGAGGUAGUGCUAACAGAGAAGGGGAGCCCCAGCUCCACAAACGGGGCACCGCAGACCCAGAAAUGCAUUCGUGUCAAGAACUGGGAGAACCGCACGCUGUCCUAUGAUACCCUGAAUGUGCAGACGGAGCAGGAUGUUGCCUGUACCAAGGCCCGGUGUCUGGGAUCCGUGAUGUUCCCACCCCAGAUGACAUGUCCUCUCCCACAAGGACCAAAGAGUGAAGAGGAGCUUCUACCGAAGGCCAAGGACUUUAUCAGCCAGUAUUACAGCUCCAUCAAGAGGUCCCAGUCUAAAGCUCACCUGGAGCGUCUUAAAGAAGUGGAGCAGGAGAUCGCGGCUACUGGAACUUACCAACUGAAAGAGACUGAGCUCAUCUUCGGUGCCAAGCAGGCUUGGCGAAACGCGGCCCGCUGCGUGGGCCGGAUCCAGUGGUCAAAACUGCAGGUGUUCGAUGCCCGGGAAUGCUCUACAACUCAAGAGAUGUUUACGUACGUCUGUAACCACAUAAAGUACGCCACCAACAAAGGAAAUAUCCGGUCGGCCAUCACGAUAUUCCCGCAGAGGAAAGACGGGACGUCUGAUUUCCGGAUCUGGAACAGCCAGUUGAUCCGUUAUGCGGGAUACAGACAGGAUGAUGACAGCGUGGUGGGGGAUCCCAUGAACGUGGAGAUCACAGAGCUUUGUGUUCAGUUGGGCUGGAAACCCAAAGGUGGGAGAUUUGAUGUCUUACCUCUGCUGCUUCAGGCCAACGGAGACGAUCCCAAACUGUAUGAGAUCCCUUCUGAGCUUAUUCUGGAAGUGCCGCUCAGACACCCAAACUACGAGUGGUUUGCCGAGCUGGGGUUGAAGUGGUACGCCUUGCCUGCCGUUAGCAGCUUACUUCUGGAGAUUGGGGGGCUGGAAUUCCCCGCCGUACCGUUUAACGGCUGGUACAUGAGCACAGAGAUUGGGAUGCGGAAUCUGUGUGACUCGUACAGAUACAAUAUAACAGAGGAUGUGGCCAAACGCCUUGGGCUGGAUACAAAGAAAACGUCCUCUCUCUGGAAAGACAAAGCGGCCCUGGAGAUCAACAUCGCUGUGUUAUACAGUUACCAGAGGGACAAGGUGACCAUCGUCGACCACCACGCAGCCACGGAAUCAUUCAUGAAACACAUGGAACAUGAGAACCGAUUGCGGGGAGGGUGUCCGGCCGACUGGAUCUGGAUUGUGCCACCAACAUCCGGCAGCCUCACGCCUGUAUUCCACCAGGAGAUGGCUAAUUACCACCUGUCUCCUUCCUUCCUAUACCAGGCGGACCCCUGGAGGCACCAUAUCUGGAAGGGAUCCCAAAGCACCAUCACCAGGAAGAGAACUUUCAAAGAAGUGGCCAAUGCGGUCAAGUUUUCGGCUAAGCUGAUGGGACAAGCCAUGGCCAGAAGGGUAAAGGCCACAAUCCUCUAUGCCACGGAAACAGGGCGAUCAGAGACCUACGCUCAGAAACUCUGCAAGAUCUUCAGAUUCGCCUUUGACCCCAGGGUCGUGUGCAUGGACCAAUACGACACUGUGGAUUUGGAGCAUGAGACCCUGGUGUUGGUGGUGACGAGUACAUUUGGGAACGGCGACCCUCCAGAGAACGGCGAGGCUUUUGCACGAGAAUUGAUGGAGAUGACUUCCCCCAAUGUGGCCGCCCUCCAGCCAGAGCAGCAGAAGAGCUACAAGACUCGGUUUAACAGCGUGUCUCAGACGGACCUCCUCGUCACUUCGUGGAAGAAAAAACGGAAGGAAUCCAGCAACACAGACAGCGCGGGACCCCUGGGGACCCUCAGGUUCUCAGUGUUUGGCCUCGGCUCUCGUGCCUAUCCUCACUUCUGUGCCUUCGGACACGCGGUGGACACCAGACUGGAGGAGCUCGGGGGAGAGCGGAUACUGGAAAUGGGGGAAGGAGAUGAGCUGUGCGGACAGGAGGACUCUUUCCGAGUCUGGGCCAAAGCCGUGUUUAAGGCUGCCUGUGAAACCUUCUGCGUUGGGGACGACCAUGAUACGAAUAUUAACGAAUUAUUUAAAGCUAAGAGCAGCUGGCAGAGGUCCCUCCACCGGCUCUCCAUCCAGGCCUCGUCUCCAGACCUCAUCACAGGCCUCUCCCAGAUGCACAGAAGAAAAGUCUACGAAACCAAACUCAUUUCCAAGGCGAAUCUGCAGAGCGAGAAAUCCAGCCGCUCCACCAUCCUGGUGCGACUCAGCACGGAGGGCCAGAGUGAGCUGGCAUACGCUCCGGGGGAUCACCUGGGGAUCUUCCCCUGCAAUCGGGAGGAUCUGGUCCUGGAGCUGCUAGAAAGAGUGGAGGAUCCACCACCGGCCAAUGACACGGUGCAGGUGGAGACGCUGGACAAGGACUCCAACAACAGAUACGCAGGAACUGGCAGGAAGGUAGCUUGGGUCUCGGAUACUCGGAUUCCGCCUUGUACCCUGAGACAGGCCCUGACCAAUUACCUGGAUAUUACCACCCCACCUACACCCCAACUCCUCCAGCUUCUGAGUGCCCUGUGCGAGGAGCCAGACGAAAGGAAAAAACUGGAGACCCUCAGCCAGGACGCCCGUCUGUACGAGGAGUGGAAAUGGUAUAAAUGCCCCACGCUGGUGGAAGUGCUGGAAGAGUUCCCCUCGGCCAGCCUGCCGAGCUCUCUGCUCCUCACGCAGCUCCCUCUCCUUCAGCCUCGUUACUACUCCAUCAGCUCCUCGUCUGACGUCUACCCUGAUGAGAUCCACCUCACGGUGGCCGUGGUGUCUUUUUACACGCAGGAUAAUAAGGGCCCCCUACAUUUUGGGGUUUGCUCCACGUGGCUUGACCAGCUGGCCCCUGGUGGUUCUGUGCCAUGCUUUGUCCGAGGCGCCCCCACCUUCCACCUGCCCCCAGACACGGAGGCUCCCUGUAUCCUGGUUGGUCCAGGAACCGGAAUCGCACCCUUCAGGGGGUUCUGGCAGCAGAGGCUCCACGAGAUCGAACAUAAAGGCCGGACCCCCGGAGACGUGACCUUGGUCUUUGGCUCUCGAUGCGCUGAACUUGACCACAUCUACAAAGAGGAGACGGAGGACGCCCAGCGCAGAGGGGCCCUCAGCCACAUCUACACGGCGUUCUCCAGAGAGCCCAACUCUCCCAAGACCUACGUGCAGGACAUUCUGCGCACGCAGCUGGCGUGGGAGGUGUAUGACGUGCUGUGCAAGAAGGACGGACACAUGUACAUCUGUGGUGACGUCACCAUGGCCACCGACGUCCUGCAGACGGUUCAGCUCAUCCUCGUGUCUCAGGGGGACAUGAGCGUCGUGGAGGCGGGAGACUACAUCGGGCAGCUGAGGGACCAGAAUAGAUACCACGAGGACAUCUUUGGCAUCACCCUGAGGACGCAGGAAGUGACAUCACGCGUGCGAUGUCAGUCUAUGUCACUACAGGAAAAGAGAGAGACGUGGCAUGAAAAACCCACGUGACGUGUUCCAGAGACAGAUUCCGUGGCUUCCGGGGACUCAAUACACAAAA